AUGGGCCGCCAACGAAAGAAGCAGCCGAAAAAGGAUUCAAGAAAGGAUCGAUUGGAUAUAGACAAGAAAGAAUCCAAGAAGGAUAAACCCAUUGGGUGCUCUAUGUGUUCCCAGAGCUUCGCCGACGAGCAUCUCCACCGAGAGCAUGUUCGAUACAAUCACAUAGGACUGAUUUGCAAAUACCCAGGCUGUGGGUUUCAAUUUAAUACGGAAAAGGAGCUUCGCACACACUUGGGGGUGCAUGUCAUCCCUCACCCAGAAGAUGCCAAACAAUUUAGUUGUGGUUGGCCUCUAUGUCCGAAUGCUUUCAAGACGACCGUAAGUGCAAGGCGUCACUUGUUGCAUCAUACCUUCAACAUAAAUGGUGGUUUCCGAAAAGAGAUACAUAAAUCAGUGCGGCGGCCAUUACCUGAGAAGGAGGAUAGUACGCCCACUGGUGAGAACGCCGGUCAGCAGAUCACUUUGUCUGUACAUUCAGACCGCGACCAAAGCCAACAAGAAGCAUCGACUCAUGAUGAAAGUCGCCACAAGGCAAACAACGGUGGACCAUCGACUCAUAGAACAGCUACUCGUCGAGCAAACAACGGUGGACCAUCGACUGCCAAUGCCUCGACCAACUCAGGCCUCGACGAUUUUGUUGGACUAGUUGAUCCGGAUACACUGCGCCAAAUUGAAUCCAUCAUAAUGUUGGGCCCAAUGCAAAACCGUGUUGCUCUUGGGUCGUCUUCUUUGCCACAGGGUAGCAGGGCCUCUCAGCCACAUAACUUCAACUCAAGAAUUCCAACCAUGACUAUUGAGUCAAACAGCCCAGACCAGGGGCAAGCCACUUUGGGAAACAUUAGCCGUCUCGUCAAUUCAACUAAUAACAACGUCAAUCAAACCCAAUAUGGUCAGUUGGAUCAAGGCUAUCGCGGUCAUAUCAAUCCUACUUUGAUGAGCCGAUAUGUCACGGAUAAUGAUGCCACCCGGAUGCAUACGCCCACUCAGCCUAGGCAGCCUUCUCAGUACGAUGCAUAUGCGUAUCCUGCUUCAACCCAGGCUCGUCAUCGUGGUGCCAAUACUGGCUUAAUGACCCCACCAGCAUCAAUCGCAGACAUGGAUGAGCCAAUGGGCUACCUUCCUCACCAAAAUGAUGGCGUAUACGGUAAUACCACUAUGCAUAGCAUCCCUCGCAAUGGCAUCAACAAUGGCAUAUCGGCCAACCGACCUAUUGAGAACGAGAAUGAUUUCUCAAUGACAUACCCGCCGAUCAAUGAAUUGAUGGGAAAUACUUCCUACGCGUCGCCACCCCCAGAGUCUGAUCAUACCGAUCCUUCGAAUGGUGUAAACCCUGCCUCUCAAGGUGAUGACAAUGGCGGUGCUCCAGGCGCGCAUCGAAGCCAGCGACGACGAGCUCCUCGCCGCCAGGCAAACGACAAGGAAGAUACACAGAAAAGACCACAAACAACUGCGCAACCACGCAAGCGACGCAACAGGCAAAGCACAGAGCCUACCGAGACUCGAAUUGAAGGUGGUAACAAUGCCGCCUCGUCAUCCGCGAUGCCCCAUACGGAAGCACACCAGGCAACUGUCUCUCAGCCUUUCGGUGCAAACGUCAGUGCCUCUCAGUUUGGAGGUGGUAAUAAUGCUGCCUUUACGCCCUCAGCGCCUUAUGGAUACCCAACGCAGCCAGCUGGCUCCCAAUAUCUCGGUAGCCAUGCCGCCCCGUACAACGCGCCCGAUGCCUAUCAACAUAUGAUGGCCGCGCUUACCCAGUCAGUAAAGAACCAUAGUCUCGACAACAGCCAACCCCAUGAGCAACGCCAAAUGGAGGCACCCCAGCAGAAUGCUCCGGGCCAGCAAACAUACGACGAUCUCCCCGUCGACCCUGCCUUAAGUGGAAUCGAAUACCAGAAGCAGGCCACGAAUGGCAAUGAGCCAGAUGGAGAGCUUGAUGAGUUCGAUGGUUCCGAUAACCAGUAA